UCAUAACAACAACGACCAGUGAGCCUAACAAAGAGUUGAACGAGUUUAAGUAAAUUUCGAUCUAUAAUGACAAGGAAAUCACGCUUUCUUUUACGAUGGUUGCUAACGCCAUAGAGAGAUUACGUUUUAUCGCCCCUUACUUUUGAAAGGAGUACAUCAAGUUCAAAUAAUUAACUAAACUAGUUUUAAAAAACAUGGCAGAUUGUUUGAAGUACAAAAUCAGCUCAACGGUAUAAUUUAACUACAUUAAGAAAUGAGUACACCGGACGUGGAUCAAGACGUCAUAGAAAUGGCUCGUGGAUUAUUUGAUUCAAGAGUGGUUGUCAAAAGGCCACCAUCAGCAGCACAACGUAGGGCCUACCACGCCCCUCCAAAAGGCCCCCCUAUCGCUGUACCCAAACAACAAAGACCAUGUAGUGCCAAAGCCAGAAUAAACAGCAGUAACAAUGAUGUCAAGAAACCAAAUCUCCCACCACGCCCACCAUGGAGGCCAUUCACCAGGGCAUCUUCACUUAGUAAGAUAGAUGGAUAUUUACAUUCAAAUACUCCUGAUGAGAAUAUAAAGGAUAAUGACAAACAUGACAGUAAAGAACCAAGUAUCUAUGACCAUCGGACUCUACCACAGGGUCUCGUGCCUUUGUCAGAAUGGCUAACCGAACAAGUUCCAAGUGACUGGGCUAAAGGGUAUUCUUCAGAAUCUAGCUUUGUAUUUCUGCCAUGUCUACACUACAUCAAGAAUGAUUUGCCAUGUGUACCAUUACCACAACAGCCACAAGAUCAAUUGCCAUAUACAGUGUCACAACAAACACAGAAGUACAAGGCACCAAGAUCAAGAUCAGAAAAACAUGCUGAUCUAAAGCAAAAGUCAGCACCAGAACAACCGAGUGACAAUAGUGAUGAUCAAUCUUCACAAGUAAAUCAUAUGCGGAUGUACAAUAGUGAAGGAGAAUUAGUUCAUGAUGUCUACAGAGGGAAACGGGGAGCAGAGCUCAUCAAGCAAGAAAUAAGAGAUCUUGAGUUGCUUUUGCAAGGAAUUGGCAAUCCUGAAGGGUCAUCAAUUGUUGUUCGCUAUCAACAUGACAUUAACCACCUUCAGAAUAUGGUCAAGUCUACACUACAAGACUACAACGCUCAACAUGAAAGACCUUGCACUCCUGUAGCAGUAGCACUUCAGGAGGAUCUUGUCAAGUACCCAGCACAACAUGAUGAAAUAAUGGAACAAAUACGAAAGAGAAGAGAUGAAUGUGUGGAGGAAUUAGCUGCUAUUGAAAAACUAAUUCUGCAUGGCAAGACUUGAAAAAAGUGCACAAAUAUUUGAUUGAUAAAUAGAGAACUUUUAAAAACAAGUGGAUCAUGCAUAUGCCUUGCUAGAUGAUAUAUCUUAAAAAUUCAUGUAAAAAAAAUUCAAUAACUGAUGUUUGGCAAUAUUUAUGUGUGAAAAGUCAUUUCGUUUAACAAUUAAAUUCCUUGAUUUCUC